AUGACACACGCCUGGGGCUCUUAUUUUACGGGUUCGAAGAUUUGGUUCUACAUAAUCUUCUGGGGUAUUCAUAUCGGCUUCUUCGCCGCUGGGUGGUAUAUACAAGCGUCGAAUGACAAACUGUACGCUCUUAAUGUCUUGAAAUAUUCGGUAUGGUUUUCGAGAGGAGCCGGUCUAACCCUCUCCCUCGACUGUACUUUGAUCCUCCUGCCAAUGUGCAGGAAUCUUCUGAAAUGGAUAAGACCUAGGGUUCGAUGGUUACCACUUGAUGAAUCCAUAUGGUUUCAUCGCCAAGUGGCAUACGCCCUGCUUAUAUUCACCAUAAUCCAUACCGCUUCCCAUUAUGUGAACUUUUACAACGUGGAGAAAGACAAUAUCCGACCCGUUACGGCGGUUCAGAUCCAUUUCACUGAAGCAGGCGGAAUCACCGGCCAUGUCAUGUUGCUCUGCAUGAUGCUGAUGUACACAACCGCCCACCAUAGAAUACGGCAACAGUCAUUCGAGACCUUCUGGUACACACAUCAUUUGUUCGUCCCCUUCAUGCUGGCUCUUUACACUCACGCCACCGGUUGUUUUGUCCGAGACACCACCCACCCAAUAUCGCCACUCGCAGGUAAAAAGUUCUGGAAUCAUUGUCUUGGGUACGAAGGUUGGCGGUGGGAGCUGGUAGGAGGCGCUUUCUACCUGUUCGAACGACUCUACCGAGAGAUUCGAUCCAGACGCGAAACAGUGAUCACCAAAGUGAUCCGUCAUCCAUACGAUGCGAUGGAAAUCCAGUUUCGCAAGGCCAGCAUGAACUACAAAGCCGGCCAGUGGCUUUUCCUCCAAGUGCCGGAAGUGUCUAGCAACCAGUGGCACCCCUUCACCAUUACUUCCUGCCCUUUCGAUCCCUAUGUCAGUGUCCACGUACGCCAAGUUGGAGAUUUCACUCGAGCCCUUGGUGAUGCCCUAGGAUGUGGUCCAGCGCAAGCGAAGGACCUAGAAGGGCUAGACCCUAUGGGAAUGUACGAAGUUGCCCUCGAAAAUGGACAGAAGAUGCCUAGGCUCCGCAUCGACGGCCCCUACGGAGCUCCCGCAGAGGAUGUAUUUGAAAACGAAGUUGCAGUUCUCAUCGGAACAGGCAUAGGCGUUACGCCGUGGGCCUCUAUUCUCAAAAAUAUCUGGCAUCUGCGAUCUGGCCCCAAUCCACCCCGUCGUCUACGUCGUGUCGAAUUCAUCUGGGUUUGCAAGGAUACCUCAUCCUUCGAAUGGUUCCAAGCGCUCCUCUCCUCCCUGGAACACCAAUCCGCCUCCGCCGCCGCAAGCCAGGGAAGCGCCGAGUUCUUGCGCAUCCACACGUACCUCACCCAGCGGCUAGACCAUGACACGGCGGCUAACAUCUACCUCAACUCCGUCGGCCAAGAUCUAGACCCGCUCACUGAGUUGCGCAGUCGAACCAACUUCGGUCGUCCCGACUUCAACCGUCUUUUCACUGCUAUGCGCGACGGACUGUACGACCAGACUUACAUUCCCGGCCUCCAGAAUACAGUAACUACCGAGAUAGGAGUGUAUUUCUGUGGACCGAACGCGGCAGCUCGACAAAUUCAGGAGGCAUCGAAGAGUUCAUCGACAAAGGAUGUCAAAUUCAAGUUCUGGAAAGAACACUUUUGA